CUGUUGCUCGGUGCGGCGCGGCUUGGCUCGCCGAUAAAAAGGACACGCCCCCGGUGAGGUUGACAGCACUGCCACUGCACCACCACCACGCCACUCCUCCCGGCUCCCCACACCGAGCGGUCGGUCUCUACCUCUCUCUCUCUCUCUGCAGACCUUGGGGGAGAAGCUUGGUAGCUCGAGCUUCUUGCUGCCAGCCAUGGCGAUUCCACUGCUGCUGCUGCUCUUGCUGGCCAUGUCCACAGGCUCAGAUGGGGCGUUCUGCGUGUGCAAGCCCGACCAGAGUCCGGCGGCGAUGCAGAAGGCGAUCGACUACGCGUGCUGGCGCGGCGCCGACUGCACCCAGAUCAUGCCGACCGGGGCGUGCUCCCAGCCCAGCACCAUCGUGGCGCACUGCUCCUACGCCACCAACAGCUACUUCCAGAAGAACAGCCCCAUCGGCGCCACCUGCGACUUCGGCGGCGUCGCCACCCUCACCACCACCGACCCCAGCUCCGGCAACUGCAAGUACCCCGCCUCCGCCAGCGCCGUCGGCACUGGAACUGGAACCGGCACUGGCACAGGCGGCGUCGGCACCGGCGGCACUGGAGUAGGCACAGGCGGCGCCGGCGCUGGCACCGGCGUUGGCACUGGCACUGGUGGUGCGGGCACCGGCACAGGGGUAGGCACUGGAACCGGCACCGGAGCAGGCAUGGGCACAGGCACUGGUGCCGGCACCGGGGUCACGACGCCGGGGUCGACGACCGGCACCCAGGGAGGCGCGGUGAGCCCACCGUUUGGCGGCGCGUACGGCCCGUCCGCCGGCGCCAUGAACCCCGACUACAACGAGGCCGCCCCGGCGCGCUCCCAGCUGGCCGCCGUCACCGCCUCCCUCCUCGCCGUCGCCGCCGCGCCGUUCCUACUCCAUCUCAUCUAAGAGCUUGCCGACUAAAAGGGCAGCGGAUUCCGUCUCGUCGGCGGUGAUCGAUGGUGGUGGUGUUGGUGGGGGCGCACGCUCCGGCCGGAGUUGGUGCUUGUCUCGCCCGCCUUUCCGGCCCGCGUCUCCCCUGCUGGUUUUGAUCGAUCAUCAGUACUGCUCCAGUAGUUUGCCGCUCUCUAUUAUUCAACUGACGAACUCCCCCUCGUGUGGCUACCAUGUGCGCUCGUGUUGUAUUGGGUGCAAACGCGAUGCAAGUAGUAGUAGUAGAGGAGAGAUCUAGAGAUAUUCUUUCGUAGUAGCAGCUUUGUGUUUCGGACAUACUACUCCACUCCACUUCGCAGUUCACCCCCGUGUCGUGUUUUUUA